AAGCUCCUUUUACAGCAGGGAGCACAUGGCGCGCAGACCAACGGUGGGACGUUCCCAGGAAAGUGCUGACAUGCUGCAGACUCCUUGCCUCGAAUUCCGCGCUCCCAAAAUAGGCCGGCCGGAUAUUUCAGGCGCGCUGCUCCUGCCCUAAGAAAGUUAAAGAACUCGGCCGGAGGGGGAGGGCCGAGCCGCGGCGACACCCGAUCCGCUGCCCCGUCACCGACCGCGGGCAAUAAGAGACCGGGCGCCGGGAAGCGGUAGCUCCAUCCGUGGGAAGAGCUCAGCGCCGCUCGCUGUUCGCCGUUCGCCGCUCGCCGCUCCAACCAUGUCGUUCUCAGCAGACGAGCUUGCCGACUUCAAGGAGGCUUUCCUCCUGUUUGACAGGACUGGUAAUUCCAAGAUCACCUACGGCCAGGUUGCAGAUGUCAUGAGGGCUCUUGGCCAGAAUCCAACUAAUGCUGAAGUGAAAAAGAUUCUGAGUGACCCCAGUGCAGAGGAGAUGGCCAACAAAAGCAUUGAUUUUGACCAGUUUCUUCCCAUGCUUCAGACCAUGGCUAACAACAAGGACCAGGGAUCCUAUGAGGACUUUGUUGAGGGUCUGCGCGUCUUCGACAAGGAAGGCAAUGGCACAGUGAUGGGCGCUGAACUUCGCCACGUUCUGGCCACACUGGGUGAGAAGCUGACAGAAGAGCAGGUGGAAGAGCUGCUGAAAGGACAGGAAGAUGCCAACGGCUGCAUCAACUAUGAGGCUUUUGUCAAACACAUCAUGUCUGUCUAAGAGGGAUCCCCAUGAAUUGGUGCAUAUGGUUCUAAGUCGCUGAACACCUGACACAGCCAAGGUAUCCCAUCCUGGAACUGUCCCAUCAGUGCAAUAGUUCUCCUUCAAGGCUGCACAAGAACCACUUUGUUUUUUCUACGUAUCCAAUGGACUAUAUUUCAACCAACAAAAGGGGAAAAAGAAAACAAGAACUUGAUAUUUUUGGUACCAAACCCAAUGGAUAAAGCUACUUAGCUUGUCCACGAUGUUUGACACGGUUGGAAAGUGCACGCGGAAGUCAGCAUCCAAUAAAGGCUCCGUGGUCAGUC